UGCGGGCACCCCGCACCGCUGAGCUGGCCUUGCCGGGCGCGCGGGGCCUGCCGGGAGGGAGCGGCGGCGGGGAGCGGCGCGGCGCGGGACCGUUGUCCAAACAGGUGACCGCUGCCUGAACGUGUGUUGCUUACAUCCUUUCAGAGCUUCUGCAGUCCCAUGGCAACAUACCUGGAGUUCAUCCAGCAAAAUGAGGAGCGUGAUGGAGUGCGUUUCAGCUGGAACGUGUGGCCCUCCAGCAGGCUGGAGGCCACAAGGAUGGUUGUCCCCCUGGCCUGUCUUCUGACCCCACUGAAGGAGCGUCUUGACCUGCCGCCUGUGCAGUAUGAACCGGUGCUUUGUAGCAGACCGACUUGCAAAGCAGUGCUCAACCCACUCUGCCAAGUUGAUUAUCGGGCCAAGCUCUGGGCUUGUAACUUCUGUUUUCAGAGAAACCAGUUCCCUCCAGCAUAUGCAGGCAUAUCUGAAGUCAAUCAACCAGCAGAGCUUAUGCCUCAGUUUUCAACAAUUGAAUAUAUAGUGCAGCGAGGUCCGCAGACGCCAUUGAUCUUCCUGUAUGUCGUCGACACAUGCUUGGAAGAGGAGGACUUGCAGGCGCUGAAGGAGUCCCUCCAGAUGUCCCUGAGUCUGCUGCCUGCUGAUGCUCUGGUGGGGCUUAUCACUUUUGGCAGAAUGGUGCAGGUUCAUGAGCUGAGCUGUGAAGGGAUUUCCAAGAGCUACGUGUUUAGGGGCACAAAGGACCUGACAGCUAAGCAAAUACAGGAUAUGCUUGGGCUUUCAAGGCCAGCUGUCCCCGUUCAACAGGGAAGACCUCUUCAAACUCCAGAGCAACCUGCUAUUUCAAGCAGGUUUCUGCAGCCAGUACACAAGAUUGACAUGAAUUUAACAGAUCUUCUUGGAGAACUGCAAAGGGACCCAUGGCCAGUGACCCAGGGAAAGAGGCCUCUACGCUCCACUGGAGUAGCUCUUUCAAUUGCUGUUGGCUUAUUGGAGGGCACAUUUCCAAACACAGGGGCCAGAAUAAUGCUGUUUACAGGUGGGCCACCAACACAAGGACCGGGCAUGGUGGUGGGAGAUGAACUGAAAACACCCAUCCGUUCUUGGCAUGACAUAGAGAAGGACAAUGCAAGGUUCAUGAAGAAGGCCACCAAACACUACGAGACUCUGGCUAAUCGCACCGCAGCCAACGGGCACUGCAUCGACAUCUACGCCUGCGCCCUGGAUCAGACUGGACUGCUAGAGAUGAAGUGUUGUGCAAACCUCACUGGAGGACACAUGGUGAUGGGAGACUCCUUCAACACUUCUCUCUUCAAGCAGACCUUCCAGCGGGUAUUUAACAAAGGGUUCAACGGGGAAUUUCGGAUGGCUUUUGGUGCAAAUUUGGAUGUGAAGACCUCUAGAGAGCUGAAAAUUGCAGGAGCUAUUGGACCAUGCAUAUCCCUGAAUGCUAAAGGGCCAUGUGUCUCUGAAAAUGAGCUUGGUAUUGGAGGAACAUCUCAAUGGAAAAUUUGUAGUCUGGAUCCCAGCACAACUCUGGCCAUUUACUUUGAAGUGGUAAAUCAGCACAAUGCGCCAAUACCUCAGGGAGGCAGAGGGGCAGUGCAGUUUGUCACUCAGUAUCAACACGCCAGUACACAGAAGCGCAUUCGUGUCACCACCAUAGCCAGAAAUUGGGCAGAUGCACAGAGUCAGCUCCAGCAUAUAGAAGCUGCGUUUGACCAGGAAGCAGCUGCUGUGUUGAUGGCACGACUGGGAGUGUACAGAGCUGAAUCUGAGGAGGGACCCGAUGUUCUGCGAUGGCUGGACAGGCAGCUGAUCAGACUGUGUCAGAAAUUCGGACAAUACAACAAAGAUGAUCCCAACUCCUUCAGAUUGUCAGAAUCAUUUUCUUUGUAUCCCCAGUUCAUGUUCCAUCUGCGACGCUCCCCAUUCCUGCAGGUCUUUAAUAACAGUCCAGAUGAAUCUUCUUAUUACCGUCACCACUUUGCUAGGCAAGAUCUGACCCAGUCUCUCAUUAUGAUCCAGCCUAUCCUUUAUGCUUAUUCCUUCCAUGGACCUCCUGAGCCGGUGCUCUUGGACAGCAGCAGUAUUCUUCCUGACAGAAUCCUACUGAUGGAUACCUUCUUCCAGAUAGUUAUCUACCUUGGUGAGACUAUUGCACAGUGGCAGAAAGCUGGUUACCAAGACAUGCCUGAAUAUGAAAACUUCAAGCACCUACUGCAAGCCCCACUGGAUGACGCCCAGGAAAUCUUGCAGACUAGAUUCCCAAUGCCGCGUUACAUCCACACUGAACAUGGGGGCAGUCAGGCCCGGUUCCUCUUGUCUAAAGUGAACCCUUCUCAGACCCACAAUAACCUCUAUGCAUGGGGACAGGAAUCGGGAGCUCCAAUCUUGACAGAUGAUGUUAGUCUCCAGGUAUUCAUGGACCAUCUAAAAAAGCUGGCAGUUUCAAGUGCCUCGUGACUUUGAUCAAACUGAGAAGCAAGAACAGAAGUUACAUAGAUCAUGUUGGUGACAGAAGUGGAGCAAUUAUUUACAUUUCCUUCUCUCUUUCUUAGCCUAAAGUUUUUAAGUAUGAAAUGAAAUAAAUCUUCAAGGAGAGUUUUUUACUUGGUCCUUCUAGAUAUUAAUUUAUUUGUAUUCCUUUUCAUCUGUAUUCUGUUUACAUUUUUCAUAUAUUGUAAUUAGAGCUAAAGGAUGUUUUAGCCAAUAUAGAUUUUAACAGUCUUUAGCUGAAGUUUUAAUGUUGUGUGUUCUUAAAUGGUAUCUUUUAGCAACGAGGGACUGUAUUAAUGAAAAUUAAAACUGGGUAAGAGCAUUACUAUUUAGUGCUAUCCCCAA